CUCAUCGUCAACAUGAUGAUGAUAAACCCUAAUUAGAAAACACCAUUGACGCCCAAUUCUUCAUCAGAUUGAAGAACUGUUCAUAUCCUCUCUAUCUUUCUAUUCCUUGCAGAUAAUUCUACAUCCAGAUUCUGAAUACAACAAUACCUUCUCAAUCUUCAUUUUUGAUUAUCAAGCUUCAAUGCUUCUCCGAAGACUCUAUACAUGUUCUCUUUCAAGGUUUGGUCUCAAUCCCCCAUCCCUUCUCCGACGAAACUCAACUUAUCCAUCUACAAUCAUCAAACCCAUAUCCAUUCUACAAGAAAACAGACCAUUCUCCUCAAAUUGCAGAAUGGUUCAUCGUAUACCUACAGUAGAGUCUUCCAGUAAUAAUGAACUUAACAGAGCUCUAGAAGCUUCACUAGGUUCUUCAUUCAGUUCUGACUCACUUGCUCCAAACCCUAAACCUUUGAUCAUAGUAAUCAGCGGUCCAAGUGGAGUAGGCAAAGAUGCAAUGAUCAAAAGGUUAAGAGAAGUGAAAGAAAACCUUCAUUUCGUUGUUACUGCAACCAGCAGACCAAUGCGAGAUGGGGAAAUAGAUGGAAAAGAUUACUACUUUGUUAGUAAAGAUGAUUUUCUAUCAAUGAUAAGGAAAGGGGAGUUGUUGGAAUAUGCAAUGGUUUACGGUGAUUAUAAAGGAAUUCCUAAGCAGCAGAUUAGGGAAUAUAUGGCUAAUGGUUGUGAUAUUGUAUUGAGAGUUGAUAUACAAGGGGCUGCAACUUUGAAGGAGAUUCUUGGGAAUUCAGCAGUUUUUGUGUUUUUGGUUGCAGAGAGUGAAUCUGCGCUUGUGAAGAGGUUGAUUGAUAGGAAGACUGAGACGAGAGAUACAUUGUUGGUUAGGAUUGCUACGGCUAGGGAGGAGAUUAAACAUAUGAAACAUUUUGAUUAUGUGGUUGUAAAUGAAGAGGGGAAGCUUGAGAAUGCUGUGAAAACGGUUGAAGCCAUUAUUGAUGCGGAGAAAGCUAGAGUAUGGAAGAGGAAUUGUGUCAUAUAGUGUGAACUUGUUUUGGAAAAACUCUGUUUUCAAAUGAAUCUAUUUUGGUUAACAAAGGUUGAUGACAUUGAAUGCUAUGUUUUCCUCUCCCACAGAAAUGGUCAGCACUUUGAUUGAAGUCAAGUUUAUACAGUAGUUGUUAUCUUCUUUCAUAUA